GCGAAAACAAGUUUUGAUGUCGCUGGUGGCGCCGUCCACGCUUGGCCUCCGUGGCACCGCUGUAACUCACUUCAACGUCGACCCUGACGCACUGCAGCUUCCGGCCGACGAGCAAGACUACGAGUAUGUCCUGGACUGCAAAACCACGGCGUCCAAGGACCAUGUGCUUCUAGCCCUGUCGGAUCGGACCAUUCAAGCGCGAAGCCGUGCCACACUUUCAUGCGAGCGCCAGUUCACUGCGCACACGGACACGAUCAACGAACUCGUGAUCUCGGAGACGCAGCCGUGGAAUGUCAUCUCGGGCUCGAACGACGGGACUAUCAAAGUGUGGGACCUGCGCCAGAGCCAGCCAGCCGCAGUGCAGACCAUCCGCGUGGGCGAAGAGGUGUGGAGCUGCUCCGUCGGGUGCGGAGACACGCUGGUCGUGGCUGGUGCGGCGGACUCGGCCGUGUUCUUUGACCUGCGGACGUUGCGCAAGCUGGGCCAAUAUGGAGAAUCGCACAUGGAUAACGUGACCCGCGUGCAGUUCCACCCGGUGCGGCGGUCCGAAGUGAUCACUGCGAGCGACGAUGGCAUCGUGUGCUUGUUCGACUGCACAAUCGCCGACGAGGACGAGGCGACGAUUUCAACCAUCAACGUCGAGAGCUCCGUGUCUAGAUUUUGCAUGUUUGGCCCAGACUUGCACAACAUUGCCGUGCUCACGGGCUCGGAAACGCUGGAUGUGUGGAACUUGACGACAGCGGAACGACUCGCGCACUUUCCUACGAUUCGAGACCAGUGCAGCUCGUCCUCUGCGGGAUUGCACACAGACUACCUCGUCGACUGCAAGUACAAUGCUGCGUCAGACCAGCUGCAUUUGGCCACUGGCAACCACCAAGGCCAACUCAAUGUGUUCCAGUUGAACCCCCAAGCUGGCAUCGUGCAUCAAGCCACGCUCUCCGGCGGGCAUAAAGCAGCGAUCCGGUGUCUGGACUGGCAGGCGGACAUGCUGCUCACAGGCGGCGAAGAUGCCCGGGUGUGUCAGUGGAUGCCGCCGUCUCAAUCACAAGGCCAGUUGAUGAGUGGUGGGGGACGGUCCGCCAUUCGUUCGUCGGUGGAGCGCGACGUCAGUGGCGCCAGGCGAGCCAGACACGCAUCCCGGCCAUAUUAAACGAUGAAGAAAUACACAUUUACUAUACA